CCGACCCGGCCCAUAUCCACAUCAACAUAGGGCACUAAACUUUACAAAAACCCUAACACAGACAGAGUCGCCAUUUCACCUGCCGUGGGCACAGAAAAGCUCUAUCAACCCUAUUCUCUUCUCACUUUUACAAUAUCAAGAGAUGGGUGAGGUAGUUAAGGGAGCUGUUCCAGUUCCAGAGUCAGUAUUGAAGAAGCAAAAAAGGAGCGAGGAAUGGGCCCUUGCAAAGACACAAGAGCUUGUAGCUGCAAAGAAGAAAAGUGCUGAGAACCGGAAAUUGAUCUACAACAGAGCUAAGCAGUAUGCUAAGGAGUACGACCAGCAGGAAAAGGAGUUGAUCCGUUUGAAGCGUGAGGCUAGAUUGAAGGGUGGUUUCUAUGUUGACCCUGAAGCUAAGCUGUUGUUUAUCACUAGAAUCCGUGGGAUUAACGCUAUGCCUCCACAGACCAAAAAGAUAUUGCAGCUUCUACGGUUGAGACAGAUCUUUAAUGGUGUCUUUUUGAAAGUCAACAAAGCCACUGUCAACAUGCUUCACAGGGUUGAACCUUAUGUUACCUAUGGUUACCCUAACCUAAAAAGUAUUAGAGAAUUGAUCUACAAGAGAGGUUAUGGGAAAGUUGACAAGCAGAGAAUUGCUUUGACUGACAACGCUGUCAUUGAGCAGGUAUUGGGUAAGUAUGGAAUUAUCUGCAUGGAAGACCUAGUCCAUGAGAUCAUGACUGUUGGACCCCAUUUCAAGCAGGCCAACAACUUCCUAUGGCCGUUCCAACUCAAGGCACCUUUGGGUGGACUGAAGAAGAAAAGGAAUCACUAUGUUGAAGGAGGUGAUGCUGGUAACCGUGAGAACUUUAUCAAUGAACUUAUUAGGAGGAUGAACUAAGAGAGUUGGAAAUUUUGCUAUAUUAGGAUUGAGAACUUUAUCUCAACUUUUUCAGACCCUUUUGGGUUAUUGAAGUGAUAAACAGCUUCAGAUUUUCUGCCUUCAUUUUGAGAUUGUUUAGAGUUAUGACAGUAUACGACAAUGAUGAUGUUUUUUUCCGCAGGGAACAUAUCUAAUGUCAAAUUAUUAUCUUUAUCCAUAUUUUGUAUUUCUUGUG